GGGAAAAAGUUAAUAACACGAAUCUCAGUGUUAUCAUGUCGUUGUCCGACAGGAUAGAUGUGGAGUCACAUUUUAUCCGGAGAAGAUCACCGCAGUAAAAUGAGUCGUCCAUUCGGCUUCCGAUCAAGGAUUAGAUGACAUCCCCAAAGCGACGUCAGGCAGGAUCCAAUGGCCGUACCAUCUGCCACUUGAAUUUUCUCGAGACACCCCUUACCGACGGUAGGCUGAUUGACGAAUUGGAGAGACUUCGUAGAGAAUCGCUCUGCAACUGGAACGAACGUCGGCAGUAUCGAAUGGCAAGGAAUUCCUACCUAGAUCUGUUGAGCCUGUUUAUGAAGAAGAAUGAAUCCGAAGUCGUUCGAGCUGUGAUCAGUGUAAUGAACGAAGAGAACCUCUUCGAGUAUCCCGAUUUGUCUUUGGACUUGAUAACCGCUCCGGUCAGUCUUGGAAUAUCCGGAUCAACGGUGGUGAACGAGCUCUGGAACGAAAUUGAAGAGCCAACAACGCCGGUCGAGAUCGCGCGUUCGAUAGUUUGCACGCUCUACGAGUUUAUGGACACUUACGACUGGCCUGAAACCGUCUCAACUGUCGUUGCCCUGGAAAGACUGCUCGGCAUUUAUCGUGCCAGUAUUGGCGAAGGCGCUAACACCUCACCCUACAAGCAGUUCAAAAAAGGGCUGAAGGUCUGCGUCCAACGGACCCUGGAGCAUCUUUCAAAUGAUCACAUCCUCGUCGUGAUUCGACACAUGUGUUUCUGGUCCGUGGAUCAAACGGUAAGCGACGAGGACGUCUUGGACUUUGGAAGCAGCUUGGAAUACGCGGCCUACAAACACGCGACGAAACUGUUCGAAGACACCCUGACUCCGGAUGUAUUCUCGCUCCUGACACGGAUGAUUGCCUCCUCCAGCCGUCUGGUCAGCCUGCUGGGUAACAGAGUAAUGCAGUACCUCAUCGACAGGGGUGGAAACAGAACGCGGCUCGAAACGCCACAGAUAUUUUUCGAGGACACGGAGUACGAGCUGAACGUAAGCCCGUACCAUCGAGAGGACAAGAUUUUCCUGAAGAACAACCGCGCCGAACUUCACGAAUGCUUGAUCAGGGGAAUACUAAACCAUUGCUCGGCUCGACUCAAUCUUGAAAUGUCCUACUGUACCAUUUGCCUCGUCGCAAUUGAAGUGCCUUGCGGCUUCACGGCUGCGGCGCUCGUCUGUCUGGCCAUGAAUCUUCAAGAUCUAACUACGGAGCGCGACGACCUGAGGCGGGAAGUCACCUUCCACGUCCACGCCUGCGUCGUGGCCAUACUAUCCCUACUUUGCUGGAUUCACGGUGCGAAGGUGUUCUACCAGUACGUCAACAAGAUAGUGAUGGAAAGGGCCCGAUGGGCCCCACAUUUGAAUCCACCCAUACAGUCUCACUACUCUUUCGCCACCCAUCACGUGCUCUGGGACAAACCGGAACUGUUCUUCGUUGACUGGGAGGCCCGAUACGGUUUGUGGAAGUGUUUCCGUUUGUUGGAAAGCUGAU